AUGGUGGUGGUGGUUGACCUUGGCACCUGCGUGUGCCACUUCUGCGCGGUCGGGGAAGACGACGGAGAGGCAACGGAGGUGCUGUCCUGUCACACUGAGCCGGCGCGAGAGUUGGAGACCUGGGAUGCAAUUGAGAAGACUUGGCAUCGCAUUUUCUACAACGAGCUCCGCCUAGCUCCCGAACAGAACCCUGUCCUUUUGACAGAGCCACCCUUGGCGCCAAAAGCAUACCGCGAGAAGAUGACGCAGAUCAUGUUUGAAACCUUCAAUGUACCAGCCAUGUACAUGGCCACCGGUGCCGUUUGGUCGCUCUACUCCUCGGGACGCACCACGGGUUUGGUGCUGGACUCGGGCCACAGCGCGACCUGGGCAAUUCCCAUCUACGAGGGCAUUUGUGUCACCUAUGCAAUCCAAAAGUCGGAGCUGGCUGGUAAGGCGCUGACCAAAGAGCUGAUUGAGAUGUUGCAGCAGGAGGGGUAUUCCUUCCCUAGCCUGGACGAACGAGAGAUCUUGCAACUUGUGAAAGAGCAGCUUUGUGACUUUCCGAAGUUUAGAGCAGCUUUGUUGUGUUGCCCCAGACCCAGCAGGGCCCGGCUGCACGAGCGAGGAGGCUUUGUAUCAGAUGCCAGAUGGCACCAUACUGGUGUUGCGCUCUUCCAUGCGCGUGCGUUGCACCGAGCGACUCUUUGA